ACACAGACACGCACAUAGCAAAGAUCAGCUGCACUAUUCGCGCCUCGAGAGAGGCGUUCCACGAAUACCGCGAUGCCCUCGCAAGCCCAGGAGCAGGCCUUUAGGGAGCUGAAGCUGAAUGACAAGUUCUUCUUGUCUCUUCUGCUCCCUAUGGAAGAGGCCGAGGGGGACUUCGAUGUCUACCUCAUGGAAAAUGCCGUUAUGCCAGUCCUUCUUCAAGGACUGGACGCCCUGACGAGGCAUGUGGACAAGAUCGCCACCGGCAAGACCCUUGGUGACGGGCGCAGAUUUAACCCCGUGACGUGGUUGGCACAGUACCUGCUCCGAAACCACCCGAUGCACUCCACGGACCACCGUGCCGGCAUGUACAAGCACCUUCAGGAGCUUGCUUCUGUGGAGCGGGGCCGCCGGAACCUGCUGCGGCGGCUGCCGGAGUUCGAGAACAUUUGGCACCUCAUGUCACAGGACGGCCAGGGCUUGGACACGCCCCACAUCACGCAACUCCUGGAGAAACUGGACACCUCAUGGAACUUGGAGGGCGAGUUCAUUAGGAGCCUUCCUUCCAGCUUUGCGGCCCAAGUGCCCUGCGUCGACCCUGAGAAGGUCACCUUCAACGAGUUCUGGAUCUUCUUUGAGGAGUAUGUGUCGCAGCAUGACUUGCUGCGUACCUCUGUCUUCGAGGCAGCUGAGCAGCGAAGGCUCCAGGCGGAAGCGGAGGCACAGCUGGCGUUAGAGCUGCAAGCGCAGAAGGAAGCGAAUCUCAUAGAAGAGCAGCGGCAGCAGAGGCUCCUGCAGGCGCAAUUCGAGACGCUCUGUGCGGAUGCCUACAUCAAUGGCGAGCUGAGCCAGAUCAUGAGCAAGGGAGCUGUGUUGCAGCAUCCUAUGGACCUCAAGGGGGAGCACAUCGUGCUGCUGCUGCAGCUCCUCCGAGCCUGGGGCUUCUCGCUGCUGGACGACCAGGGGAACCACCUGGACCAGGAUGAGUGGGACGACCGUGCCAAGUCACUCUUCACGCAGUGGCGCAUGCAGCAUGGACCCACGACCAACUUUCCGGGGGUUGUCGACAGCGAUGCAGUAAAGGCGCUCAUGGAUAAGGAGAGCUUCGAGGCUCACCAUCAGAUUCCACCAGCACCUGAAGAGCCUCCGGAAGAAGAGCUGUGAAUCGGUUGCCCGAGAGGCCCAUGAGGUUUGUCUCCGCGACAGGGGCCGUGCAUGGAACAUGGUGCUUGUGCA